UCUUUUCUCACUGCACAACAGGACUACAGGUGCAGACGGACACCCAGAGCCAAGGCUUUCUCCGUUGCCUCGAGGCCUUUGGAUAAUAUCAGCCAUGGAUAAUGAAAAUCCUGAAGCUGUUCCCAGCCCACCAGAACAGAACAUAGAGGUGGUCCCACCGAAAGAGUUAAAAAGCCAGAAGCCCACCAAUAAUAUUCUGAUCUAUUUAAUUGACAGGAAGCUGGGGAAGCCCAGAAAUGAUAUGGAUUUGUUUGAAUGGGUUUGGACAGUAAAAUAAAGUGUCCUCUCCAGAAUAGAGUGGCCAUUGCCCAAAUUCAUGUUUAUGUCUACUUGAAAUAUAUGUUUUAAAAAGAAGUGACCUAACAAGCCACUCUCAUGAUAGAUCCAUUAAACUAGUCUUCAUUGCAA